AUGAAGUCAAUACCUUGCCUCACUCUCUUAACAGCGGCAUCAGCCAUCUUGGUACCAUCGCCAUCCGGUCCCUACCAUAUGAGACUUCAAUCAAUCACCGACCCAAGGCGCCCCGCCGACCCCCUCGAUCCAAACGACCAUGGCCAUGGGCGUCGCAUCCUGUUUUCCAUCUUCUUGCCCGUGGAAAAGAGCGGCAGGCCGUGCCCGUCCAUUACCGUCCCCUACAUGACGCCCAAAGUGGCUGCCGAUUACGGUGGACAGGCUGCUGAAGUCGGCCUCGACGAUGGGCUCUUCUCUUCCUUUGACAUGCAGCUCUGCGACCUGGUCAAGCUAAACCCAUGUGGAGGUGGCAAGGGAAGACGCAAGCGGUGCGAGAUCUCUCGCCAGCCAGGGCCACGCGGCAGUCAUUGUCGACCACCCGCACGAAGCCGGUUUCGUCGAGUUCCCUGGGCGCUUCUCGACAGGUUCCGCUUGGACCUGGGCAAGAUGGCAGUUUUUGCACAUUCUGUGGGCGGCGGUGCGGCGGCGACACUGGCCCGAAACGACAACAGGGUUCUCGGAGGCGUCGACUUUGACGGCCAGCUCGUGGAGGCGAUUCGAAGCCAGGGCUUGAGCAGGCCGUUUCUUCUUGCUGGGCGGUACGGGCACAGUGCCGCCAACUCUACGGACCACACUUGGAAUCAGUUUUGGCCUCGUCUGGCCGGCCCGCGUGUUGAGCUGGCAAUUCACGGCACGGCCCAUGCAUCCUACACUGAUCGGCCCUUGCUCGUUGGUGCCCUGGGUCUUCCUGGUGCCGUUCUGGACCAAUUUGCUGGAGAAAUAGGGUCUGUCAAGGGCACGGAACUGGAAGGUAUUGUGGAUGGUGUGCUGGCGAGCUUCUUUGAUUUCGUCUUGUCCAGCAAAACGCAGCGGCUAGUCCGACUGCCUCGGGUGUACUCUGCAGUUUUAAUUACAUGCAGUAAUUUGUAA